AGCAGUGGAGUUACCACUGUGGUCCUACCAAGGAAGAAGGAAAGAGGGCCCUUUCAAAAAGGAGUAGAGCUAAAUUGCAAGCUUUAGGUGGACCCUAUUCAAAUGGCUCAACAGAGCAGCCUGAGAGCCCUGGGUCCCCCUGUGGAGGAGGAUGCUGCAGCAGAUAGCCAAACCCAGCAGCCUGCCAGACCUCGGCCAGGUAGAUCCCGGAGAAGGAGGCGUAGACAGGCAGCUCUUGCAUCCCGAGGAGAAGAUGAACCUAGGACCGUUCAAGUCUACAAAUUUAGCAGUCGUGCCCCACCUGUGAGCGGGCACUGCAGCGGUGGCGGCUCUCGGAGACCCGAGCUGCCUGAUGAUGGAGAUGUGAUGGGAAUGAUGGCCAGGGCUGCGGGAUACUGGGUGAGGCCAGAAACUCCUCGGUGCUGGGUCAGAGGCUGCGCUUGUGCUUGCUCGGAGGCUGCACGAGAAGAAGGCCAUCCCUCUGGGAGCCGUGUACUGCCAUCUGAGCUGGAUGAAGACGACAGCUUGACCUCCAUGAUAAGAGAGGAAUUAUUUUCAGUGGAUGAAGACCAUGAUGGCAGCACUGGGGAUACUGGAGCAGCCAGCUCUCGGGCUGGUGUUAGGAGUGAUGAUGGUGCCAGGAGUUUAGCAGAGGAGUAUUCCCUGGUUCCCUUAAACAGACGGAAGCAAUGUUCUGCCCAGAGUUUUCAUGAUGCUGUAGAAAGAUUUUUGAGAGGAUUCUGAGCUUUGGCACAUCCAUUUUGAAUUUGGGAGCCAAAUCUGUGGAGAUGCAAAUGCCUGUCAUCAUGUGCAGAGUUUAUUGUAAUACAGGCUGAAGCCUGCAGAGAAGCCAUGAAGGUUCAAGCAGAGUAAAGCUCAGUAUAUUGCUCUUAGAUUGAUAGACAGCUAGAAAGUUAUUUGCAUUCCAGUUUUGUCUCCUUGAUAUGUGUUGCUGCCUUCUUCAGGAGCUUAAAAACCUUUAGUAAUCAUAAGGCAUUAAAAAUGGAAAAAUUACUUUGAGUCUAAGCUAAUGUAAUGACUAUUUCUUUUGCAAUUUUGAGAGAUAGAGGCAAAAUGCAGCUUUUUUUUUUAUUUCUCAGCAGUAGAGUCUCUAUUUAAUAGCU